UACAGAACACACGUGUCCCUCCCGAACACUUACUACAGCACACACGUGUCCCUCACGAACACUUACUACAGCCACCGGUCAAGUAUCUCUAGUCACCAACAUCAGCCGCGACAGGCGUCCCCGCCCUUCUCUCUCCGGUUACCAACGGUCAGUCCACCGGCCGGCGAUCUUUGUUGCCGCUGCAGUCGUAAAGGCCACUAGGGUUUCACAAUCUUCUCUUCUGAAGUUGGCAAACACAAAAAUAUAUGGAUGCUAUUGGGGAUUGAGUUUUGAAAACUACUUUGAUGGAAGAUGGAAACUGACUCUGAUGGGAUUCCACUUCUUUGACUCAAAGCUUCAAAUUAAAUCCAGAAGUCAAGCAAAUACCAUGAGAGAAGUCAUGGGUUCAAACUCACGAAGGCAGAUGCUUUGUGAGGAGAAGCAGUAUGAAGAUAGGAUCAGCAACUUACCAGACAGCCUUAUUGCCCAAAUCCUCUCCUGUCUUCCCACAAAAUACGCGGUGGCAACUAGUGUCUUAUCGACUAGGUGGAAGCAAUUAUGGACAUCAAUCACCAGUUUGGAUUUUGAUGAUGAGUUGCUGUUACUUCCUCAUAAUCAAACUAGUAAUCCAAUGCUGCACAGGAUUUUCACAAGUUUUGUAUGCCGAGUGUUGUCACUGCAUAGGGGAAAAUGUGUGCAAAAGUUCCGUCUCAAAUGCACUCACACUUGUGAUGUUUCACAUGUUAAUGGGUGGAUUGCUGAUAUGGUACUGCGUGAUGUUCGAGAACUUGAUCUGUCCGUCCAUGUGGAACACUCUAUUUUGCUUCCUCGGAAGCUCUUUACUUGCAGAACUCUGGUGGUGUUAAAACUGAAUGAUAUUUACGAUGUUACGGUCAUGGAUGUACCUACUUCGGUUUCCCUCCCUAACCUUAAAAUUCUGCAUCUUGUUGGUAUCGGCUUUGUAGAUGAUGACUCAAUCAAUAGGUUCCUCUUUGGCUGCCCUGUGCUUGAAGAGCUGAGUAUGACUAGAUGUGUAAGGGAAGAUGUGGGUGUGAUUAAUGUUGUUGCACCUGUUCUUACAAGCUUGAUUAUAUCCGAAUGUUUGGCAGAGUAUACCCACAGUUUGGAGUCCAAGAUUGUGCUAGACACCCCGGCACUUCUAUACCUCAUGAUCAGUGAUCUCCUGCGGGAGGUUAUUUUGUAG